UGUGGCAGCACCCAAAGGGGCUUGAAUUGCCUAGCUCUCCCUGUAGAUUCUGCGGAGACAUAGUGUCCCCAUGAGUGAUUGAGCCAAUCACGGCGCAACUAGAGAAGAUUACCAAUGCCUAAACUCUGUAUUUUCGCUGGCUGCCACUACCACCACAGAAAGCACUGAGCUAGACUGAAACACCCGCCUUACUCAAGAAAGAGACCAUGUUUGUAUGCGGAUGUAUUAUUUUUAUUGAACCUUUAUUUAACUAGGCAAGUCAGUUAAGAACAUAUUCUUAUUUACAAUAAUGGCCUACCAAAAGGCAAAUGGCCUCCUGCAGGGACAGAGGCUGGGAUUAAAAAUAAAAUAUAUAUAAAUAUAGGACAAAACACACUUAACAUACGGCACUUAACAAGUUGAAAAGAAGUCAAGAAGGUUUGACAUCAUCUGACCUUGCUAUAUUGUUGUUUUAGGUCGCUCUUCAAGAAGAGCGGUUCAAUUGUUGUGAAGAAGGCUUCAGGGUGCCCAAGAAAGUCCAGCAAGCACAAGAACCGUCUCCUAAAGUUGAUUCAGCUGCGCGAUCGGGGCACCAUCAGUACAGAGCUUGAUCGGGAAUGGCAGCAGGCAGGUGUGAGUGCAUCUGCAAGCACAGUGAGGCAAAGACUUUUGGAGGAUGGCCUGGUGUCAAGAAGGGCAGCAAAGAAGCCACUUCUCUCCAGGAAAAACAUCAGGGACAGACUGAUAUUCUGCAAAAGGUACAGGGAUUGGACUGCUGAUGACGGGGGUAAAGUCAUUUUCUCUGAUGAAUCCCCUUUCCGAUUGUUUGGGUCAUCUGGAUAAAAAGCUUGUCCGGAGAAGACAAGUGAGCGCUACCAUCAGUCCUGUGUCAUGCCAACAGUAAAGCAUCCUGAGACCAUUCAUGUGUGGGGUUUCUUCUCAGCCAAGGGAGUGGGCUCACUCACAAUUUUGCCGAAGAACACAGCCAUUGAAUAAAGAAUGGUACCAACUCAUCCUCCGAGAGCAACUUCUCCCAACCAUCCAGGAACAGUUUGCUGAUGAACAACAGUAUCAAAAGUGAUAACUAAAUGGCUUGGGGAACAAAACAUUGAUAUUUUGGGUCCAUGGCCAGGAAACUCCCCAGACCUUAAUCUCAUUGAGAACUUGUGGUCAAUCCUCAAGAGGCGGGUGGAUAAACAAAAACCCACAAAUUCUGACAAACUCCAAGCAUUGAUUAUGCAAGAAUGGGCUGCCAUCAGUCAGGAUGUUGCCCAGGAGUUAAUUGACAUGCCAGUGCAGAUUGCAGAGGUCUUGAAAAAGAAGGAUCAACACUGCAAAUAUUGACUCUUUGCAUCAACUUCAUGUAAUUGUCAAUAAACGCCUUUGACACAUAUGAAAUGCUUGUAAUUAUACUUCAGUAUUCCAUAGUAAUAUCUGACAAAAAAAAUUCUAAAGACACUGAGGCAGCAGACUUUGUGAAAAUUAAUAUUUGUGUCAUUGUCUAAACUUUUGGCCACGACUGUACAGUUGUCACGGCAAAAAGUCAAAAUGGCUAUAUCGUAAAAAUUGGUCUCAAUUUAAGGUUAGGCAUAAGGUUAGCAGUGUGUUUAGGGUUUGGUUUAAAAUCACACCUGCCAAAAUAAUACGUUUUCAUCCCAAAUGCCUCUGAUCUGGCGGACUCACUAAACACAAAUGCUGUGUUUGUAAAUUGUGUUGGGAUGAUGGAGUGUGCCCAUGGCUGUCUGUAAAAUAAAAAAAAACAAGAACAUCGUGCAGUCUGGUUUUCUUAAUACAAGGAAUUUGUUGUAUAGCAUUUACUUUUUACUUUUACUCAAGUAUGACAAUUGCGUACCUUUUCCACCACAGUACAUUUAAAACCAGAUGCUUUUAGACUUUAACUCAUGUAGUAUUUUACUGGAUGACUAUCACUUCAGUCAUUUUCUAUUAAGUUAUCUUUUACUCAAAUAUGACAAUUGAGUACUUUCCCCACCAAUGUCACUAAUCAAUGAUCUUUCAUUCCAACGAUCCUGUGGUGAUUUAGUACACCAUAUUUGCUACUCCCAAAAAAGUCAGCGGACAUCUUCGUAUAAUUACGGUGAGCUGCGUUAUUCACCGGAAGUCGUUUUGUGUACACAGACAGACGCGUCACAGUUUGUCUGAUCUUUUCCAAUUUCUCCCUCUUUCGUUAAUCUCGCCAGCUAUCGAUGUCAACAAACAUGCAGGCUCAUCUGUCUGUACAGACACAACUUGCCUCGAUAAUGGACGUGCUUGCUAGAGCAGCCGUUGACGAGAUAAGUCAACUAUUUUCCGAAAGCUCGGCUGAUUUGCAGUUGGAGAUUUCUCGCAGCUACAAAGAAAACGAAGCUCUGAAAAUGAGGAUGAAGGUGAUGAAGAACGAGCUUUUCACCCUGCGACUACAAAGGGCGAGUACACCGCGGGGCAGUCGCUUUUCUUUCAGCAGAACUUUAUGCAGGCCUCGGGGGAAACUCGCAGAUAAGACACCUGAGCACCAGACAUCCAUUUACAGCAGGGAUGAUGCCCCAAUUACAAUAGGGGAAGAGGAGAUACCAUCCACAGUCAAAAAAGAGUGUGCAGAUGUGGAGAGUCCAGAUGUCAUCUUGAUAAAAGAUGAGGAGGGUCCUGACGAUGACUUUGGAGGAUGUGGGCCAGAUGCAGGUCAUGACGAUAUUUGUGGUGAGAAUGUUACCAUGGUGACACCACAGCCGGAACAUGCCACCCAGAGACUAGGUCACGAUGAGGGACCAUACAGCAUGAAUGACCCUCACGGUCAUGGUCAAGGUGAAGGAGCGCUGUGCAGCGUGACCAGUACUGAGAACUACCCUUUCUUCAGAGCCCCAGAACUACCUCAGAGUUUGCCCUCACACUCUGGUCUGCUGCCGAACCACACAAUCUGCCAUCAGAUACAGCUGAACACUCAUUCUAUUGGGGAACCACUGCAAGGCAACCCCCAAAUGAGGGGCUUGCAGAGUGACAGAGGGAGUCUGCCGAGAGGGGAUACAGGAGGACGGGGUCUGAAAAUCGUACAGGUAGCUUCCCUAGAAACCACCCCAACGACCCCAACAACAACCAUGGUAACAGGGAGUGUGACUGUGAGGCGCCCUAGUCUUGUAAACCAGUUCCAGCGCCACCAUGUCCCCCAUGGUACCAAGCCGUUAUUCUGUAGCGACUGUGGGAAGCGCUUCUCUCGCCGGCUUGACUUGAUCCGCCACAGAGCGGUCCACACAGGAGAGAAGCCUGUCAUAUGCAACCUCUGUGGGAACUCGUUUGUCAACAAGACGACACUGAGGGUCCACAUGCGUAUUCAUACAGGGGAGAAACCUUACAUGUGCUCCCUGUGUGGGAAGGGUUUCACCCAGAAUGGCAGCCUGACCAUCCAUCUGAGGACCCACUCUGGGGAGAAACCCUACAGCUGCUCCCACUGUGGAGCCUCUUUCAACAACCCCAGCAACCUGCGCAGACACAUGGUCACACACCCAGAGCAGGCAGGGACGCUGACACUCUGACACCCAAACUCACCGGUGGCCAGUGGGGCUUUAGGUUCUUUAUUUUUCUUCAGCAUUCUCUCAUUCUUGUUCUCAUUCAAUUCCAUAUAUGCUUUAUUGGCAUAAAUGGGUUGUUGCCACUGUGGCCAAAGCAAAGUAUAUGAAGUAUUACAUAAAUUAACAACGUUUUUGAGCAAAAAUAAUCAUAUACAGUGAACAAAAAUAUAAACGCAACAUGCAACAAUUUCUAAGAUUUUACUGAGUUAUAGUUCAUAUAAGGAAAUCAGUCAAUUGAAAUAAAUCCAUUAUGCCUUAAUCUAUGGAUUUCACAUGACUGGGAAUGCAGAUAUACAUCUGUUGGUCACAGAUUUUUUUUUUUUAAGUAGGGCGUGGUGUGGAUCAAAAAACUAGCCAGUAUCUGGUGUGACCACCAUUUGCCUCAAACAGUGCAAAUCCUCCUUUGCAUAGAGUUGAUCAGGCUGUUGAUUGUGGCUUGUGGAAUGUUGUCCCACUCCUCUUCAAUGGCUGUGCGAAGUUGCUGCAUAUUGGCGGGAACUGGAACAUGCUGUCGACAAUGUCGAUCCAGAGCAUCCCAAACAUGCUCAAUGGGUGACAUGUCUGGUGAAUAUGCAGGCCAUGGAAGAACUGGGACAUUUUUAGCUUCCAGGAAUUGUGUUCAGAUCCAUGUGACAUGGGGCCGUGCAUUAUCAUGCUGAAACAUGAAGUGAUGGUGGUAGAUGAAUUGCACGACAAUGGGCCUCCAGGAUCUCGUCACGGUAUCUCUGCACAUUCAAAUUGCCAUCGAUAAAAUGCAAUUGUGUUUGUUGUCCGUAGCUUAUGUCUGCGCAUACCAUAACCCCACCGUCACCAUGGGGCACUCUGUUCACAAUGUUGAAAUCAGCAAACUUCUCACCCACACAAGCCAUACAUGCUGUCUGUCAUCUGCCCGGUACAGUUCAAACUGGGAUUCAUCCAUGAAGAGCACACUUCUCCAACGUGCCACUGGCCAUCGAAGGUGAGCAUUUUCCCACUGAAGUCGGUUACGACUCCGAAUUGCAGUCAGGUUGAGACCCUGGUGAGGACAACGAGCUUCACUGAGACUGUUUCUGACAGUUUGCAGAAAUUCUUCAGUUGUGCAAACCCACAGUUUCAUCAGCUGUCCGGGUGGCUGGUCUCAGACCAUGCCGCAGGUGAAGAAGCCAGAGGUCCUGGGCUGGCGUGGUUCACAAUGUGGUCUGCGGUUGUGAGGCCGGUUGGACGUACUGCCAAAUUCUCUAAAACGACGUUGGAGGCAGCUUAUGGUGGAGAAAUUUACAUUACAUUCUUUGACAUUAACAUUACAUUCUCUGGGAACAGCUAUGGUGGACAUUCCUGCAGUCAGCAUUCCAAUGCUCCCUCAACUGGAGACAUCUGUAACAUUGUGUUGUGUGACAAAACUGCACAUUUUAGAUUGGCCUUAUUGUCCCCAGAUCAUGUUGUUUAAUCAGCUUCUUAAUAUGCCACACCUGUCAGAUGGAUGGAUUAUCUUGGCAAAGGAUAAAUGCUCACUAACAGGGAUGUAAGCAAAUUUGUGCACAACAUUGAGAAUAAGAUUCUUUUGCAUAUGGAAAGUUUCUGGGAUCUUUUAUUUCAGCUCAUGAAACAUAGGACCAACACUUUACACGUUGCGUUUAUAUUUUUGUUCAGUUUAUAUCAACAAAAACAAUUAAUACAUUCUCUCACACUUCCCGCCCCAGACUGGAACCCACAUCUGUCCCGUCGCUCUUAUUCUUCCCAUCUCCCUGAUUUAUACUCUGUUGUCUGUCUCUGAUUUAAUGCACAUACUACAUAAAGUUACUGUAUGAGUAGAUUUUAGUAAGUAACCUACUCUGGCCGAAAUAAAUAAACAGUGUGUUUUGAUAUGAAGGAA